CAGCCGCCCCGCUGCUGCCCGUGGGAUUUCCCUGCGCUUCCCGGGGCCGAGCAGUGCUUCCCGGAGCCCGGAGCGCCUGCGGUGCCCGGAGCGCCUGCGGCCCCGAGCGCCGUGCGGGGACACGGGAGCAGCGCCGCUCCACAGCUGCUGCACGAGCAGAUGCUGCCGGCUCCCUCCCAGCCUGCGCUCCUCGGGCGUGAGCGAAGUUAUCUGCUCUUGCCUCUGUAUCUGUGCUAUGGCUCACUGAGGUUUCCUCGCUCAUCCUGAGGAGCAGCGCUCGGCUGUACUUCCAAGGAUUGCUUUCCAAAUGUGUUGGCUCUGAAGACGUGAAGAUGAAACGGAGCCUUUCCUGAAGGGAGAAUUUCCAUUCUGCUUGCCAGUAAUGCACGAGUUACAAAUUUAAUGGCAGACCUGGAAGUAUAUAAAAAUUUAAGUCCAGAAAAAGUUGAAAGAUGCAUGAGUGUGAUGCAGUCUGGGACGCAGAUGGUGAAGCUGAAGAGUGGAACCAAGGGGCUGGUCCGUCUCUUCUACCUGGACGAGCACAGGACCUGCAUCCGAUGGAGGCCCUCCCGGAAGAGCGAAAAGGCAAAAAUUGUCAUCGACUCCAUUUACAAAGUCAGCGAGGGCCGGCAGUCGGAGAUCUUCCACCGCCACGCCGAGGGGAGCUUCGACCCCAGCUGCUGCUUUACCAUUUACCAUGGCAACCACCUGGAGACCCUGGACCUGAUCACAUCCAACCCGGAGGAAGCUCGCACCUGGAUCACGGGGCUGAAGUACCUCAUGGCCGGGAUCAGCGACGAGGACUCGCUCGCCAAGCGCCAGAGAACGCACAAUCACUGGGUGAAGCAGACCUUUGAGGAGGCUGACAAAAACGGGGACGGGCUGCUGAACAUCGAGGAGAUCCACCAGCUGAUGCACAAGCUGAACGUGAACCUGCCCCGCAGGAAGGUCCGGCAGAUGUUCCAGGAGGCAGACACAGAUGAGAACCAAGGAACCCUGAACUUUGAAGAAUUCUCUGUGUUUUACAAGAUGAUGUCCCUGCGUCGAGAUCUCUACCUACUGCUCUUAAGCUACAGUGACAAGAAAGAUCAUCUCACUGCUGAAGAGCUUGCCCAGUUUCUGAAGGUGGAACAGAAGAUGAAUAAUGUGACACCAGAAUAUUGUCUGGACAUUAUACAGAAGUUUGAAGUGUCAGAAGAAAACAAGAAGCAAAAUGUUCUUGGGAUUGAAGGCUUCACCAGCUUCAUGCGCAGCCCGGCGUGCGAGGUGUCCAACCCCCUGCACCGCGAGGUGCACCAGGACAUGGAGCAGCCCCUGUGCCACUACUUCAUCGCCUCGUCCCACAACACGUACCUGAGCGGGGACCAGCUGCUGUCGCAGUCGCGGGCCGAGAUGUACGCGCGGGUGCUGCAGGCCGGCUGCCGCUGCGUCGAAGUGGAUUGCUGGGAUGGCGCGGAUGGGGAGCCCGUGGUGCACCAUGGCUACACCCUGACUUCCAAAAUCCUCUUCCGGGACGUGGCAGAAACCAUCAAUAAAUACGCCUUCAUCAAAAAUGAGUUUCCAGUGAUACUGUCCAUUGAAAACCACUGCAGUAUUCAACAGCAAAAGAAGAUUGCCCAGUACCUGAAGGAGAUAUUUGGUGACAAACUGGACUUGUCAUCUGUGAGCACUGGAGAUCCCAGACAGCUUCCCAGCCCUCAGGAUUUAAAAGGGAAAAUUCUAGUGAAGGGUAAGAAGUUGCCCUGCAGCCUUGGAGCAGAUGCUGAGGAAGGAGAAGUUUCAGAAGAGGACAGUGCUGAUGAAAUUGAGGAUGACUGCAAGUUAAAGCCCUGCUUUGGUAAUGGUGCAACUCAGCACCAGGUGGAAUCUUUUAUACGAACAAAACUGGAAUCUCUGCUAAAAGAAUCCCAAAUCAGGGACAAAGAGGAUCCUGACAGCUUCACUGUGAGAGCCCUGCUGAAGGCAACUCACCAGAGUUUCAAUGUGAACCUGAAGCAGUUAGAGGAUUCUAAACAAAACCUGGACACAAAAGAAGGAGGAAAAAAGUCUCACGGUCGAUCAUUAAUGGGCAACUUUGGUAAACACAAGAGAGCUGCAAAGGCAGCAGCCAAAGCCCACGGUGCCUCGGACGACGAGGACAGCCAGCAGCACCCUCCUGGGAAGGAGCCAGGGCAGCCCCACAGGCUGGCCCGCCGCAGGAAGACGGUGAAGCUGUGCCGGGCCCUGUCUGACCUGGUGGUGUACACCAACUCCGUGGCAGCCCAGGACAUCGUGGAUGACGGCUCCACAGGGAACGUGCUGUCGUUCAGUGAGACCAGAGCCCACCAGGCUGUGCAGCAGAAGGCUGAGCAGUUCAUGCUUUACAACCAGAGGCAGCUGACCAGGGUCUACCCCUCAGCCUAUCGGAUCGACUCCAGCAACUUCAACCCUGUUCCUUACUGGAAUGUGGGCUGCCAGUUAGUGGCCCUAAACUACCAGUCUGAGGGACGUGUGAUGCAGUUAAAUGAAGCAAAAUUCAGGGUAAAUGGCAACUGUGGUUAUGUCCUCAAACCUCAGCAGAUGUGCAAAGGCACAUUCAACCCCUACUCUGCUGAUCCACUUCCUGCCAGUCCUAAGAAGCAGCUUAUUCUGAAGAUCAUCAGUGGGCAGCAGCUCCCCAAGCCUCCUGACUCAAUGCUGGGGGACAGAGGAGAGAUAAUAGAUCCCUUUGUUGAGGUGGAGAUUAUUGGGUUACCUGUUGACUGCUGUAAAGAUCAGACCAGGGUGGUGGACGACAAUGGGUUCAAUCCUGUUUGGGAGGAGACCCUCACCUUCACCAUCCACAUGCCCGAAAUCGCCCUGGUGCGGUUCCUGGUUUGGGACCACGAUCCCAUCGGGAGAGACUUCGUGGGGCAGAGAACUGUGGCCUUCAACAGCCUUGUGCCUGGCUAUCGCCACGUGUAUUUAGAGGGGCUGACAGAAGCUUCCUUAUUUGUUCAUAUAAUCAUUAAUGAGACCUAUGGGAAGUGGAGCCCUUUAAUCCUCAAUCCCAGUUACACAAUAAUGCACUUUCUAGGAGCCACAAAGAGCAAGCAGCUGAUCGGGCUCCGAGGGCUGUUCUCCAAGGCGCCCAAGGCGGGCGCUGCCGAGGCCAGCGGGCACCACGUGCGGAAACGCUCCAUCGGCGAGCGCAUCCUGCGGCGCACGGCCAGCGCCCCGGCCAAGGGCAGGAAGAAGAGCAAGAUGGGCUUCCUGGAAGCUGCUGAGAUGAAGGACAGCACCUCCGAGCCAACAGACCUGAAGGACAAGGAAGGGGUGGUCCGGCGGCCGAACCGGAGUUGGCAGGCGCGUCCCGCAUCCAUGCCUGUGGACAGAUUCCUCAUGGUAGAGCUGCCCUGCCCAGCAGAGGACACUGCCCAGGAGGCCAAGGCAGAGGAAAACACAUCUGCCAACAGUGAUGACAAUACAAAUGGGAAGGAAACGAGCUUGAAAGAAUUGGUUCUUCCAUGUUCGGAGCAAAAGGCAAAUGCUUUAAAUUUAGCAUCUCAGUUCAAGAAGGAGAAUGACCAGAGGGAUUCUACAGCUGACUCUUUAGUACCACCUCCACAGGAGCAACCUGAACAUUUGCUUUUUGCAAAUGGCGUAGCUCAAGCAAAUCACCUCAUGGACUAUCAGGAGAAUAAUCUUUCUGAUGGAGCUGUCCCACUAAUGCAGGACUCUGACUCUGAACUUCCCACAGAAAAAUCACACCACAAAAGCAGUGCAGACAGUAAAAAGGAAGAUGACACAAAAGGGUCUAAGGAAGGGAAAAUCGCUCUCAUGGGGACUUCUCUUUCUCAGAAAGCAGAGGUGGAGGAUCACAAAUACAAUAUGAGGAAAAGCACUGCAGCACCUCUUUCCCUGACUGAUACUUCUUCUGCUGUGUGCUCUGAGGACCCUGACUGUCACCCCACAGUGGCCCUGCAGGACAGUGACAUUUCUCACCUCAUUGAUGAAGUCUCUCUCUCGACUGAGAGUGAGCUGGACAGCGCUGUGUCCGCUCUCAUUGGGCAGUUUGAUGGCACAGAUGACCAAACUCCCCUUCCCCCUGUCUCCAGCCCCCAUGGCAGCAGCAGCCAGACCCACAGGCUGGGGGCUGCACUCCCACACGUGUUGGCUGCAGACCUGAGCAGCCCCUGUAGGCACAACUUCACUCCCACAAAAUCCAGCAAAUCCCCUUUAUUCUCCACUCCAGAUAUAGCCAUGUUCUCCAGCCUGGAGGAUGCAGAGUAUUCCACGUACGCAAUUAUCCACGAGGCAUCUCCAGCUUCUGAAUGUAACAGCCACAGGGAAUUAGUGUGCAAGGAAAGAUUAAAUAGUCUAGAAAAUAAUUUGCCUGGCUCUCCUUGUUCUUCAUCCCUCUCUAUGCUAAACGCAAAUCCCAAAAGGAACUGUGGUACAAAAUCUGGACCAAGCUGGGGAGCCCCUGAGUGUGCCAGUUCUUUUGGUUCCAGCGGCCUCAUCUUUGAGGAGGCACUGGGGCCCCCUGUCACUGGGGAGCACUCGGACAGCAGCAGUCUCGUAGAGGUGGAUGGGGACUCCCAGGACCUCCUGGUCACUGCCUGUGAGUACAGACGGGAGGACAUGAGCCAGCUGGCUUCUCCUCUGAGACUGAGGCAGAAGCAGGACCCUGGGCAUGGUGGUGACAGGACCUCAGGGAGCAGCACCACUGCCGGGCUCUGUGCUGCUGCCCGGCACUGCUCCAAGAACUUCAGGACUGCCGGGAGCCAGCUCCCUUUCCCCACGUGUGAGAACGCUGGGUUUUUGUGUCAGCAGCACUCAGAGAAGCACAAGGAUGCAGUGCGUGCCCCCCAGCUCAGCUCAGCCUGCCCGCUGCUCCCGGGGGCUCUGCCGUUCCCCCCACACCCGGCCAUCCAGCAGAGCAGCCCCUGCAAGUCCAAGAGUCUGGGAGACCUGACCUCGGAGGACAUUUCCUGCAACUUUGAGAGUAAGUAUCAGUACAUCAGCAGGAGCUUCAUCUCCUCAGGCCUGAGGGACAGGAAAGCGGCUGCCACGCAGGGCGUGAGGCCGCACUCGACGGACGCGCUGACGGAGCAGCUGCGGAAGCUGCUGUCCCUGGAGCAGGAGGACAGCCGGGAGUCCCUGUGCUCCAGGCAGAUGGACGAGGACUGCUCCCGGGCCCUGGUGAGGAAGCUGUCGUCCCGGAGCCAGAGCCGGGUGCGGAACAUCGCCAGCCGCGCCCGGGAGCGGCAGGAGGCGGCGGGCAAGCCCAGGCCCUGCGACGGCAGCGGUGUCGGCGGGGUGGUGCUGCGGAACAAGGCCGCGGGGCCCCCGCACGCCGCCAACAGGCACUCCACCGGCUCCUGCAUCGGCCGCUACCUGCACGGCUGCCCCGGCGAGCGCCGGGGAGCGCCGGAGGGCGCCUGCUCCGCCCUGCAGCGCGGCUGUGGGGACGGGCUCUGCGGGCACGGGCUCUGCGGGCACGGGCCCGGCCUGCGGCUGCCGCCCGGCGCCCAGGAGCAGCCCGAGGUCUACUUCUUGCUCAGGCUGUAGGCUGUGCCGAGGUACAGCCGCGGGGCUCCCGGCUGCUGCACUGCAGUGAACCGGCCUAGUGAGGAGCUGUAAGGAGGGUUUAAGUUAUUUCUAAAUGCAGUUUCAUGCCCGUGAAUCAGUGGAGAUUUAACGUGCCCCUUCCUGUCAGAGCUGAGGGAAGUAGGAACCACCCUCCGGCCGUAGGGCUGCCUUACUUUGGGCCAGACCUGAGGGAGUGCGGGGCCGUGUGUGCAUUUGUAGCAUUCUGUGUCUGUAAUGCUGUGCUCCAAAGCCUGACAUUGCACUGAAGGCAAUACUGGUUUCCUUGUGUCUUGUCCUCCUGCUUGGAAAAACACUUUUGGUGAUCACUUUUGGCCUUUUGUGAGGAUUCUCCAAAGCACUGUGGUGUCUGGAAUGCUGGACUGGGGCUUGUUCUGCCCAACAGGCAGCAACCCUUCAUUAGCAUCACUUGUUCUGAAUUGUUAUUAUUAAUUUUACAUGCUUUCAUGUAUGAACUGUGAUUCUACAGCAAAUGGUUUGUAGAAUUAGGGUUAGUCCAAAAUUGUGAGUCAUGUGUAGAUUUGUCUUCUGCCCUCUCUACAAAAUAUGACAACAGUUGUCUUCCUUUUUGGUUACUGUGUUGAAUGCUGAUUUGGGACAGAGUGGAAUGUGGGAGUAAUUCUGCUUUUAUGAAUGAAAACACUUAAUUUCUGCUUAUUUCGUUAUGUAUUUUUGUUUUGGUUGUGUGAGUAGCUUUGAUACAGCAGAUCCAUUUUCUGUAUAUUUGUAAUUUUAUUGCUAAAUUGUCGACAGUCAGUGGAAUAUUUAAAGCUGACAUGGUAGAGUGACUGUUUUGACUGUUUACCCUUUUCUUUGAAGGCUGAAAGUGAAUUGGGUGAAGGAUUCUCAGACACCUGAAGCUUCCCUGUAGGGAACAACAUAGCUUUAUUUUGGUUGGAAGAUAUUCUUUGCCUUUGCUGUAAGUUUUUCUGAUAUGUCAAAGACGUACCUUUUACCUCUUUCUUUUGUAAUGCAGAGUAUUAUUAUUCUUGAAAACAUCAUUAAAAUAGAUUUUUAAGCA